AUGUCGAAGCUCUUAGCCGGUGCCGAUCUCCGCAAGGCUGACGGGUCCAAACACGAUGCGAAGGAGCUUGAGGUCGUGGGUCUUUACUUCUCUGCUCACUGGUGCCCACCUUGCCGCCAAUUCACGCCAGUUUUGAAGGACUUCUACAACGAGUUGCACGAGGAUGGCGAGUUCGAAAUUGUGUUUGUCUCCUUCGAUCGAUCGUCGGACGACCUGAAAAAGUAUCUGCAAGAGGCGCAUGGUGACUGGCUGCACAUUCCACAUGGGGACGCGAAAAUUCGAGAGCUUGCAUCGAAAUUCUCGGUCAGCGGCAUCCCAGCAUUCAUCAUCGUCAAGCCCGACGGAACUGUCAUCACCAAGGAGGGCCGCUCCGACGUUCAGGGAAAGCCACCAAAACAAGCUCUUUCUGGCUGGAAGAAGAGUCUA